AGUCAACACGGAGAAGAAGAGCGUCAAAUUGAAAACACAAACGGCGGGGACCUUAAUCUGCUAUUAGCGCCGCAACUGUGAAAAUGUAGCACUGACAUGUGCUUCCGAUGUCGACGGUGGGACAGGAGAUUUUCAAAACGCAAUAUAUUGGCGUCUCGCAGCACCGGGUUAGGGACGAUGCUAACCUACAGCCACACCGUUGUUAGCAAAGUCACAAGUUCGGACAACGUUAGCUAAAGUUAGCCUAGCACUGGAGUUUUUACCACAGCACUGUGAUUAAGGUAGUACUUUAAUAUGUGCCAUGCAAGUUAAAUUACACAACCUUAACCAUUUCCACAGCUGUUACUUGAACGGGUUUGUUUGUGAGUCGCCAAGUGGCAGAAGUAAUUAACGUUAGUUAAAUAGACAGCGGUUAUCCUCAGUCUGUUGAUACCUGUGACAGUUACCAGUCCACCUGGAGGGAAACUGUAGACAAUGUCAGUCAACGGGAAAGUCAUCUCCCACACACCGCUGGCCGUAGACUUCUGGCAUGUGCGCAAGUGUCCCGGCGCACGCCUGUUUUUCCUGUCCCAUAUGCACAGCGACCACACGGUGGGUUUGACCUCCACCUGGAGCGACCGGCCCAUCUACUGCUCACCAGUCACUGCCACCCUGCUCAGACUCAAACUGCAGGUGAAAGAACAGUGGAUCCAUCCUUUAGAGCUGGGUGAUCCAUACCUGCUGCCACUGGAUGACAUCGGCAAAGAGAGGAUGACCGUCACACUGAUAGACGCCAACCACUGUCCAGGGGCUGUCAUGUUUCUCUUCGAGGGCUACUUUGGCUCUAUACUGUACACUGGUGACUUCCGAUAUACUCCCUCCAUGUUGCGUGAGCCGUGCUUGAGGACCAACACCACUAUAGAUGUCCUGUACCUGGACAACACCAGCUGUGACCCCAACCGCACCCUCCCCUCCAGGCAGCGAGCCACUCAACAAAUCAAAGAGAUCAUCCGCAGUCACCCCAACCACAACGUUGUCAUAGGCCUGUAUGCUCUGGGCAAAGAGUCCCUGCUGGUGGAGCUGGCGAUGGAGUUUAAAACCUGGAUUGAGGUGAGCUUUGAGAGGAUGGAGACCCUCAAAGCCCUGGAGCUGCCUAACGUCUUCACCACUGACCCCGGAGCUGGUCGUAUCCGAGUCGUGGAGCAGUCGAAGAUCUGCUGUGCCACUUUACGCCUGUGGAACGAAGAACAACCCACUUUGGCCAUCUUGCCCACGAGCAGGCCCCUGAUCUCCUUUCACCCCCACCUCCAUGUGGUGCCCUACUCGGACCACUCCUCUUACCAAGAGCUGGAGGAUUUUGUCUCUGCACUAAAACCUACCUCCCUUGUGCCCAUUGUAGGUAACUUUGUACCUGGUAGACUCUCUGCCUUACUGCCCAGGAAGAAGCGCCAUGAAAUCCUCGUACCUGAGUCAGUCCAACACUACAUGUUGAGGCCGACUGAGAGCCAACUUGGCGCAAUAGCACACGCCAGCCUUCGCCGCAGACAUUUCCAACCUCUUGCUCCCAAAGGGGUGGUGUUUGAGUCGCCUGGUAGUGGAUCCAGGAAGUCAUGCGAAGAAGCCUGGGAGGCAGAGUGCCUGGAGCAGGAUGCUUCUGAGGAAGAGGUGGACAACGAAAGCAGUGAAAAGGACUCUGACUGCAUCCUUAUUGACCUGAGCGAGGAACUCACCCCUAACAAAAACAGAAGAGGGGCUAGAGACGUCAACAUCGCCAAGACAGUGUAUGAAGACAUGACAAUGGCGGAGUCAGUGCCGCUCGGUCAAGUGGAGAUCGUGGCAAACACGAAGGCCUGCUUGACACCUGUCAGGACCCCAAGAAGGCUUUUUGAAACUAAUGCCAAAAUAAUCAACAAGACAGCAUCCAGUGAAAAUUACAGUUGUCAGCACUGCAGACAUGGAAAUGCUCAGAGCAUCCACAAGCUGUCAGACGGUGACGGCAUGGGCCAGCACAGCGGACUUGGAAUGGAUCAGGAUGCUGACAUGUCAGAUGACAGUAACACGAGUCAGCACGGUGAUCAGAACGACGGCGUGACAUUAUUGCAAGGGGGCCUCGACAGUGAUUCUUGCUCUUCAUCCCCGGAGCUGAGGCAGGAAUAUAUAGAGGAGCUUGAAAACAGUAUUUUAAAGGCUCUUCCCUUCACAGAGGAGGACUUUAAGACAUGGGAUCUCGUGGCGCUGUAAACAGUUUCUGCUCUGUCUGUUACAUGAUGCAGAGGAUGACGACGACAUCUCUGACAGAUAAAGUUUUUGCCUUUUCUUUAGUUAUGUGUGAGAGAGAAUGUAUUAAGAUAAGCACCUUACAGAAAACUUAUUUUGUUCCUAGUACCUUCUUUAUUUAUAUAUUUUUCUUUGUGGUGCCUUUUGUGUAGAAAAGCUGGUUUGUGAUCUUAAGGUCACUUUUUCCUAACCUUUCAUCACGGUAGCCUUGGCCUCCUCGAUGUGUAAGCCAGGACAGCUUUCUAUGGUUUAAAAAAAAUAAAAUAAAAAUCUCAUCAACAAAAAGAUAUUUCUCUUGUAAUGGAAAAAACAUUUUACAGUAGUCUGUAAUUGAUACAGUCACAUUUUCACAAGAUCAUCAAGAAGUUUUAUUUUGCAUUAAAAACAAACAGUCUUGAGACACCUUUUUUUUUUCGUUGAGACAAAGAACAAAAUUUGAUAAAAGUUCAGUUUUAGCCUAAAAGCUAAAUGUUUUCAUACAACAGAUGAGCCUUUUCCACUUAAACUUUUAUUUUUUGUGUGAGUAGUGGCCUUAUUUAUUGUGUUAAAAUUAAAUUAGAAAUUUUCCAAAAUAGCUUUCCCUUUUUACCAGGGGGUGUUUUUAUCUUAAAAUCCCAUGCAUGUGUAUAGCACUACAACUUCAAUGUGUUUCAUAGUUUUCUUUUGUUCUCAAUGACCAACCUUGCCAACUCCAAAAAGUAGCUGCUAUUAUAUAAUUUUUUUAUUUAUUUUUUGUUUUGAUUUUGAAUUUAACAGCUCACUCAAUGUUGAUCCUAUAUCAUACUUGUUACACUACAGUACUCUGUACUAUACUGUAGUCUGAUGUAAACACUUUUUUUGUUCUGGAAAAAUAAUGCUGUUGUUCAAAUAACUAAAAGAAAGAUUGAUUUCUUGGGAAGUAAAAAGGAAAUCCAAACCAAUGCAUGUAACUAUAAAAUUUAUGUGAAAUACA